AUGGAUGACAAGAUCUCGCCCGCCGGCGCGCCUGGCGCCCACGACCACGAAAAACAGCAAAUCGAAAACGUCGAGUACACAAACAACGAGGCGUAUGUCGAAGCACCUCCCGUCACAGGCCUUGCUGCCGUGGCCGCGGCCCAUGGCUUCCAGAUCCCGAACAUGGAUCCCGCCCGCCGUGUCGCCGUGGAAAAGAGCCUUAAGCGCAAGCUCGACGGCCGCUGCUCGCUCUUUAUCGCCAUCUACGUUAUGAACUACCUUGACAGGAAUAAUUUGGGCGCCGCGCGCCUCAAAGGCCUGCAGGACGACCUGCAUCUCGACGACACGCAGUACGCCACGUGCCUCAGUAUUCUGUACGUGGGCUACAUUCUUAUGCAGGUGCCUUCCAACAUGUUCAUCAACCGCAUCUCGCGCCCCUCGUUGUACAUUUCCUGUGCCAUGCUCCUCUGGGGCAUCAUUUCGACACUCUCUGGGAACGCCAAGGACUUUGGUAGCAUGAUCGCUAUCCGCUUUCUACUUGGAUUUGUUGAGGCCGCCUUUCUCCCCGGCGCGCUGCUCAUCCUUUCAAAAUGGUACACUCGCCGCGAGCUCACCAAGCGUAACGCUUUACUCUUCUGCGGCAACCUUAUCUCCAAUGCAUUUUCCUCACUUGUGGGCGCCGGUGUGCUGUCCAACAUGAACGGCGUCCUGGGCCAUGCUGCAUGGCGCUGGCUCUUCUGGAUUGAAGGCGCGGCCACUUGCGUAAUUGCCAUUGCGGCCGCGUUUAUCCUGCCAGACUUGCCGCACAACUCGCGCGGUUUUACGGAAGAGGAGCGUCAAGUGGCACAGCUGCGCAUCCUCGAGGAUGUUGGCGAACUCGACACCGAUGCCAACCAAGGUCCUGCGGAGGGCCUCAAGAUGGCCCUCAAGGACGUCAAAAUUUACGUCAUGAUGUUUACCUUUACCGCCUACGUGGUCGGUCUGUCUUUUAACGCAUUUUUCCCCAGUUUGACCCAGACGCUCGGCUUCAGCUACGUUCCUACACUGCUAAUGAGUGCUCCUCCAUGGGUCUUCGCCUGCAUUGUCUCGUACUUUGUCGCUUGGAACUCGGAUCGCACACAAGAACGAUUUUGGCACAUUGUCGUUCCCAUGCUUAUCGGCAUCGUCGGCUUUGUCAUCUGCAUGUCUACUCCCAGCGUCCCCGCCCGCUACGUCGCUCUCUUCCUGCAGACAAGCUCCUACGCCGGAUACAUUGUCUUCUAUUCCUGGAUUGCCUCCUCCUUCCCUCGACCGCCCGCCAAGCGCGCCGUUGCAAUUGCCAUCAUCAAUGCCUUUGCCCAGCUCGGCAACAUCGCCGGCUCCUACGUCUGGGAUCUCAAGGAGGACGGCUACCGCAAGAGCUAUGCCAUUGUCCUCAGCAUGUUUGCCGUCACCAUCUUUGGCUGUUGGGUUGUACGGGUUAUGCUCAUUAGCCUCAACAAGCAGCUCGAGAAGAGCGAAGCCGCGUUGGACGAGGUCGACGCUGCGUCUACGGCGGGUGCGGCGGGCGCCGUGCAAAUCCUCAACAGCCCCGACGAGGCUCUCCAGAUGCGCAAGGGCUUCCGCUACCUAGUUUAA